AGGGGCAGGUUACCAAAGUGCAAUCGAUGAUCUGAAAAAGGAAUGCAUCGACCCUGAUUUCGUAGAAUACUACAAAGAACUUCUUAAAGAGUGGGUGAUGGAUGAGAAAAGCAUCAAGGAAAGAUUGGAUAAAAUCGAAGAAAAAAUUAGUAAAAAAGAUGACAAGAGUGUAAAGAAAAUAGGACCUGAAGCUGUAGAGGCGUACACAAAUGAUCUGAAAGCAUCAAUCAAAAGUCAAACUGAAUUUCACCGUCUUACUACCCAUACCAAGCCUAGGGUGAAAACGGGUGACAUCUUCACAAGUCUUCUCAUGCAACACGGACGGAAGCCAGUUGAAGACCUUGACACGGAAAGAGAGGAAUACCUCCGCCGGUACGGUCAUGUGAGUGGAAAGCCAAUAAAACAUCCUCAAGAAAUGUUUCUUUCUAAUACCAAUACAGACGAAGAAACGAAUCCCAAAUUUGUUCUUGUCACCGGGAAGGCAGGGAUUGGUAAAACACUCUUUUGCCAAAAGUUGAUUCGAGAUUGGGCUGACGACAAAUUGUUUCAAUCUCAAACAAGUCCUCGCAUCCCUAAUUUUAAGUUCACAUACCUGUUGACUUUCCGCCAAUUGAAUUUACUGGGAAAGGACCACGCAAUUUGA